GACACCUUCCACCUCUCCAAGGAGGGGUCACCCGCUGCCCCCGAGAGCCUGCGUCUGCCGGCCCCCGCGGCCCCCGCUCAGGCCAACUUCACCUUCAGGGCUGCGACCUCAGCCCGGGGGGGCACCUACAGGUGCUACAGCUCACACAGCAGCUCCCCCUUCCUGCUGUCCCAGCCCAGCGACCCCCUGGAGCUCCGGGUCUCGGGCGCUCAGGGUCUCAACUGGCCGUCCUGGAGUGUUCUGAUUGGGCUGUCAGUGGCCUUCCUCCCGCUGGGCGCCCUCCUCCUCCUCCUCACGCUGCGAGGGCGACCGCGGUGUCAGACUAAACACAGCAAGUCAGGUAAGUCAGCGAGCAGAGGACAGGGCGACCCGGCGCCCGAGGUAGUGGGGCUCUCCCGGGGUGACAGUGGGCUGGAAGAGCCCGGAAGACAACGAAGAUGGGGAUGUCCUUUAGAGAACUAUCUAGCACCUCCCCAUGAGAAAAUGUUUGUCCCGCGCAUUUGGCGAGGCGGGGGGGGGGGGGGGGGGGGGGGGGGGGCGCGGCUGGCGUCUGAUUUCCAACUUCCUACAGAGUCUGCGGCAUCCACGCGGGACGACAGGGCUCUGCAGAACAGUUCGGGCCCAGCUGCUGGCACACAGGAGAGCUUCUAUGCUGUGGUACAAGACACACAGCCCAAGGGCAGGCAGUGGAACCGACAGGCUGCGGCCCCUGCGGCCCCCCAGGAGGUAACCUACGCCCAGCUGAACUACGUGACGCUCCAACAGGAAACAGCAGCCCUGUCCUCCCCAGAGCCACCCCCCGGCAAGGCCAGUGUGUACGCCACUCUGGCCGCCCACUAGCCCCCGCGGGAGCUCCUGGCCUGCUUCCCAGGCCCUAAGUUCACACGGAGCCCUGGGGGGAGGGGAGAGGCAAAGCCAACCCCAACUGUACGGACUGGGCAGUGGGCCGUCUGUGAAGCUGGCCAGGCGAGGAAGGGACAGCAACGGGUUCUCACUUCCUGCCAUCAAGCCACUUCCUCCUGCCAACAGAGCUUCUCGAGGCAUUAAAAGCUCACUUGC